UCUGAACCAAUGAAGAGGAAGUGGGAAACAAAACUGAAGCAAAUUGAAGAACUGGCCUCCCAUUAUGAGAGGAAACCAUUGUCUUCAGUAUAUAGACCAAGAUUAUCUAAGACAGAAGACCCACCAUCCAUUUGGAAACUGUUUCAUCGGCAAGCUGAAGCUUUUAAUUUUGUUAAAAGCUGUAAAGAGGAAGUUCAUGUAUUUGCUUUGGAAUACAAAGUGAGUGAUGGACAACGUAUUUACCUUGUAACAACUUACACUCAACUUUGGUUUUACUAUAAAUUCCGCAAAAAUCUCUUACACUGCUAUGAAGUAAUUCCUGAAAAUGCUGUAUGCAAGCUUUAUUUUGAUUUAGAAUUUAACAAACUUGCCAAUCCAGGAGCUGAUGGGAAAAAGAUGGUUGCAUUACUCAUUGAGUAUGUUUGUAAGGCACUUCAAGAGUUAUACAAAGUUAAUUGUUCAGCAGCAGAUGUUUGCAACUUGGAUUCGAGCUCUGAUAAAAAAUUUAGCCGUCAUUUAAUAUUUCAACUUCAUAAUGCGGCAUUUAAAGAUAACAUUCAUGUAGGUAAUUUUGUGAGAAAAAUUUUGCAUCCUGCUUUUCAGUUAAUUGACAGUGAAGAUGGUGAUAGAAUCCAAGAGACAACAAACCAUGAAUGUUUACAUUUUUCUGAGGCACCAGUUAAGCAAGGACUUUCCUUAAGCAACAUGUCCCCAUAUAAGAACAGGGGAGAGGGGUUUGCAUCAAGUUCAGAGAAAUUGGAGAUGCUGGGGUCGGCUGAGCAAAGCAGUUCCGAUCUUUCAUUUUUAGUUGUAAAGAAUGACCUAGGAGAAAAGCAUCUUUUUGUUGACCUAGGGGUUUAUACAAGAAAUAGAAACUUUCGGCUUUACAAAUCAUCAAAAAUAGGAAAACGAGUGGCUUUGGAAAUUGCUGAAGAUAACAAAUAUUUUCCUAAACAGCAGAAAAAUAUUUCUGAUGAAAAUCAAUAUUUUCUCUCCUCAUUGGUCAGCAAUGUCAGAUUCUCAGAUACUUUACGAAUUCUUACAUGUGAAGCAUCAUGUCAGAAUAAACAAAAAGGAGUGGAGUAUUUCAGUAGUACCAGAACUUCAGUAGGAACUAUAGAAGGUUUUCAGUGUUCACCUUACCCUGAAGUUGAUCAGUUUGUCCUUUCUUUGGUGACUAAAAAUGGCAUUAAAGGAGGAAUUCGGCGUUGGAACUAUUUUUUCCCAGAGGAGUUACUUGUUUAUGAUAUUUGUAAAUAUCGUUGGUGUGAAAAUAUUGGCAGAGCCCACAAGAGUAAUAAUAUUAUGAUUUUGGUUGAUUUGAAAAAUGAAGUUUGGUAUCAAAAAUGUCACGAUCCUGUAUGUAGAGCAGAAAACUUCAAAUCUGACUGUUUUCCAUUACCUCCUGAAGUUUCUCUCCUGUUUCUUUUCAAAGAGGAAGAAGACUUAACUACAGAAGCAGUUGUGGAAAAUGAAACUAGGAACCUGCAUGAUCUACCAAAAGGUGUAUCUUCUGAUGCAGACUGGGACAAUGGUAUUGAUGAAGCUUAUUUUUUGGAAGCUACUGAAGAUGUUGAAUUAGCUGAGGCUGCAGAUGUCAGUCUUCUCAGUUCUAACAGUGGAGUGGAUGAAAUUCCUGAUGAACUAAUUAUAGAAGCUAUAAAUGAUAAAGAUGAAAUAUUAAAAGAAUAG